GGUUGCGGGGGGCGCUGGAGCCUAUCCAUUUUUUCUAAAAAUGCAUGUUCCUAUUUAUAACGUGAAAUCUGAGGCAAUGAAGAAACUCCGCUAAGAACCUGAAGGGAGCAGCAGCAUGCCUGACAUUCGUCUAGUCUGCUGGGGAAAAAAAGUCGAAGAAGACUGUGUGGCUGAUGGCGGGCCUUUGUUCAUCGCCAUCUUGCUUUCUUGUUGAUGCUCAGCGGUGUUGUGCUUUUUGUGGACUACAUUUCUAAACAUGAUGGCAUCCAAACGGUCGGUGGCUUCGAAUGCUUUCCCCAGCGAACCGAAGCGCCGAAGGAAAACUCUGACCAUUAAUGAAAAGGUGGAACUCCUCGACAUGCUGAAGUUAGGUAAAAGCUACACGAGUGUAGGCCGCCAUUACGGAAUCAACGAGUCGACAGUUCGCUGCAUAAAGAAGGAGGAAACAAAUAUAAGGGCGACGGCAGCCAUUACUCUUUAUAGGAAUGCGAAGAGGGUGAUGACUCCGCGAAAUAAGACCAUUGUGAAGAUGGAGUCUGUACUGGCUGUGUGGAUCAGCGAAUGCAAGAAUAAUAACAUCCUGCUGGACGCCAACAUCAUCCGCGCGAAGGCGAAGAAUAUAUAUGAAGAUUUUGUUAAAAAUGAUGACGGUGACAAGGCUGACGAUGCCGACGAAGGUACAUCGACUUCAUUUAUUGCCAGCAAGGGCUGGUUCGACAAGUUCCAGAGACGCUUUAAAGGCGUUUCUCUGCAUAGAGAAGAUGCCUCGGUGGAUUAUGCCGCAAUUGAUGAAUUUGUCCACUACACGUUUAAAACUCUAAUCCGAGAACAAAGCUACCAGCCCGAACAAGUUUUCAACAUGGCCGAGACUGGUUUAUUUUGGAAGCGAAUGCCGUCUCGCACUUUUAUUAUGAAGGAGGAAGCCAACGCCCCUGGAUUUAAGGCUAAAAAAGAUCGCUUGACUUUAGUUAUGUGUGGGAAUGCUGCUGGCUUUAUGAUAAAGCCAGGGAUUAUUUAUAAAUCCGAAAACCCAAAGGCCCUGAAAAAUAAGAAUAAAAAUGUGUUGCCUGUGUACUGGAUGCAUAAUCCAAAGGCCAGGAUGACAAACUCCCUCAUCUCAAAUUGGUUCCACCAGUGUUUUAUCCCGGAAGUCAGACUAUAUCUGGCAGAGAAAGGACUCGAAUUUAAAGUACUUUUGCUCUUGGAUAAUGCUGAAGGCUACACUGUCGAUUUGUCGUUUGAUGGCGUGCACAUUGAGUUCUUGCCCCCAAACACCACGUUGCAAAUUCAGCCCAUGGACCAAGGUGUUAUUCGUGCAUUUAAAGCUCUUUACACACAAAGUAUCCUGCAAAACCUUGUCGAUGCAAAGGACUCUGACAAGAACUUCACACUAAAGGCGUACUGGCGGGACUACACCAUUGCGUCGUGUCUCCUAAAUAUACAGAGAGCUGUAAGUGAGAUCAAGAGUGAAACAUUAAAUGUGUGCUGGAAAAAGAUGUGGCCGGAAGUGGCGCACGACAAGGGAUUGUCUCCUGAUGAAGUCCAUCGCUAUGCAGUGGACAAGGUUGUGAAGCUGGCAAAAAUGCUGCGAGGAGAGGGCUUCAAUGACAUGACUUCUGUUGACGUAAAUGAGCUGAUCGACACCCACUCACAACCUUUGUCAGAUGAAGACCUGAAGGAAUUGAUGACGUCUGCAAGGGAGGAAGAGGAGCAAGAGCAAUUGGGCGUUGAGGAGGACGCGGAGGUUGGUCUGACACUGGAUCGCCUCGCAGCCAUGGUCAGAAUGGCCAAAGAAGUACAGCAAAUGGCACAAGAAUGGGACCCCCACAUGCUUCGUUCGUUGCAGUUUUCAAAUACAAUCGAGGGUGGCAUGACUGUUUAUAAAAACCUUCUUGCCCAGAUGAAGAAGAAGCAGCAACAACUUCCAGUGACUACGUUGAUCGCACGUCAGAAGAGGUCAUUUACCGGUGUCCCACUGCGGUACCCCCCGCUACAUGGAGCCCCACAUCCUGGGCUGGAGGCCUCUCAUGCUCUCCAUGGUCAAGCUCAGGCUGAUUUACUUCCUCUUCCUGAGGCCAUCCCUGAUGACGUCAAUGUGGUAAAAAAGAGACACAUUAGUAUACUUUUGGAUGGUGAUACACCAAACAUUAAUAACAUCCCCAACAGUGAACUGCUCCACUGUCCCUACUGUAAAUACGUGGGUGAAAAAUAUAAGGUUGACAACCAUGUAAAAGGCCAUUCGUCAGUGAAACACAAAGAGUUCACAAUAAUCAAGUGUGGAUUAAGUUGUCGGACGGCAACACAUUUUCAUUGUUGCUAUUGUGCAGCAACACUAAGAAAUCGAUUGCAAUUGGUAAGGCACCUACAAAUACACCAGGAGGAGAUGCAAGCUGCAGCCCCUGCACAGCUCCCUGUGGCCCCCGCUCAGCUCCCUGUGGCCCCCACUCAGCUCCCUGUGGCCCCCGCUCAGCUCCCUGUGGCCCCCACUCGGCACCCAUUGGCUCCUGCAGAAUGUUCCACAGCCACUAAAGCAUCAAACGUCAUUGAGGAACAUCUUUCCCAUCAGCCACAGGAGUGGAGCCCCAGACAGAAGCAAGAGGAGCCACAGCCCCCACAUAUUAAAAAGGAAGAGGAGGAACACUUCAUCGUUCCGAAGGGAGAGCGUUUUGAAGUGUUCGAAGUGUUCCCAGUGAUUGAUGCCUUUGUGAAGAGUGAGGAUGAUCAAGAAGAAAGUGGAGGAUCACAUUUAGACAAUCUUUUAGCCCCGAUAUCAGAUGACGACACAAUGUCACACUUUCCUGACACCGACGAUGAAGACUCUAAAGCUGAUAUGUCAUGUGAAACUAACAACACACAAUACACACUAGAGAGAAACCUUUUUCCUGUUCAGUGUGUAAUAUAGGUUUUGCGUAAUAACAAAAUUUGUAAGAACAUACUGCACAGAAACAGUUAAUAUGCUCGGUUUGUGGUGAAAAUUUCACACAGAAAGAAACUACAUACACUGAAUUAAAAAAAUACUUGUGUUCAAUCUGCAACAAACCGAAGAACACUUUAGCACACAUGAGGAGACACACUAGUUAGAAAAUGUUGAGUCGGAGUUUUCAGUUUCUCAUUUCAACAUAUUCAAAAAGGAGUAGGAAGAAGCAGAGCUUAUUUAAUCCUACCCCUUUCCCGCUUCAUUUUGACUGUCUAACAUCACUCGGGUUUACAUCAUACUUGCCAACCCUCCCAAUUUUCCCGGGAGACUCCUGAAUUUCAGUGCCCCUCCCAAAAAUCUCCCGGGCUAACCAUUCUCCCGAAUUUCUCCCGAUUUCCACCCGGACAACAAUAUUGGGGGCGUGCCUUAAAGACACUGCCUUUAAAGGCCUACUGGAAUGAAAUGUUCUUAUUUAAACGGGGAUAGCAGGUCCAUUUUAUGUGUCAUACUUGAUCAUUUUGCGAUAUUGCCAUAUUUUUGCUGAAAGGAUUUAGUAGAGAACAUCGACGAUAAAGUUCGCAACUUUUGGUCGCUGAUAAAAAAGCCUUGCCUGUACCGGAAGUAGCGUGACGUCACAGGUUGUGGAGCUCCUCACAUCUGCACAUUGUUUACAAUCAUGGCCACCAGCAGCGAGAGCGAUUCGGACCGAGAAAGCGACGAUUACCCCAUUAAUUUGAGCGAGGAUGAAAGAUUUGUGGAUGAGGAAAGUGAGAGUGAAGGAUUAGAGGGCAGUGGAAGCGAUUCAGAUAGGGAAGAUGCUGUGAGAGGCGGGUGGGACCUGAUAUUCAGCUGGUAAUGACUAAAACAGUAAAUAAACACAAGAUAUAUAUAUACUCUAUUAGCCACAACACAACCAGGCUUAUAUUCAAUAUGCCACAAAUUAAUCCGCAUAACAAACACCUCCCCCCUCCCGUUCAUAUAACCCACCAAUACAAAUCAAACACCCGCACAACACACUCAAUCCCACAGCCUAAAGUACCGUUCACCUCCGUAAAAUUCAUACAGCACAUAUAUUUCCCCAAAGUUACGUACGUGACAUGCACAUAGCGGCACGCACGUACGGGCAAUCGAUCAAAUGUUUGGAAGCCAAAGCUGCGUACUCACGGUAGCGCGUCUGCUAUCCAACUCAAAGUCCUCCUGGUUGUGUUGCUGCAGCCAGCCGCUAAUACACCGAUCCCAUCUACAACUUUCUUCUUUGCUGUCUUCAUUGUUCAUUAAACAAAUUGCAAAAGAUUCUCCAACACAGAUGUCCAGAAUACUGUGGAAUUUUGCGAUGAAAACAGACGACUUAAUAGCUGGCCACAAUGGUGUCCCAAUAUGUCCGCACAAUCCGUGACGUCACGCGCAAACGUCGUCAUACCGAGACGUUUUCAGCAGAAUAUUUUGCGGGAAAUUUAAAAUUGCAUUUUACUAAUCUAACCCGGCCGUAUUGGCAUGUGUUGCAAUGUUAAGAUUUCAUCAUUGAUAUAUAAACUUAUCAGACUGCGUGGUCGGUAGUAGUGGGUUUCAGUAGGCCUUUAACGUCCUCUCUCACCUGAAACCUUCACCCCUUAACAGCCGCAUGCUGUUUCCUCCAUUUAACAGCGUAUCGGCCCAGUCACAUAAUAAUGUAGGGUUGGAAGGAUUUAACAAUAGUCUUUACUCGAAGAUGUCAAGAAAUGCUGACACGUUGUAUGAUCUUUUAACUGGUUUAAUGAUAACGCAAGGCAUACUUGGUCAACAGCCAUACAUGUCACACUGAGGAUAGCCGUAUAAACAACUUUAUCACUGUUACUAAUAUGCGCCACACUGUGAACCCACACCAAACAAGAAUGACAAACACAUUUCGGAAGAACAUCCGCACCGUAACACAAGAUAAACACAACAGAACAAAUACCCAGAAUCCCUUGCUUCACUAACCCUUCCGGGACGCUACAAUAACAUCUACAGCUUUUGGAGCUCAGUGCACAACUGCACACACAACAAGAAGGAGACGAAGCAGAAGAAUGAAGAAGAGACAUGGCGACGACGAGUAAGAAGAAGAAAUACGCUUGCAAGUUCUAAAAUGAUUGGAAAAAAGAAUUUCAUUUCAUCCAGCACAGCUCGAAGGGAAAGGGGUUUGCUGCCUGCACCUCAACCCCCCCACCCCCAAUCUCCUGAAUUCGGAGGUCUCAAGGUUGGCAAGUAUGGCUUAGGUCGCCAUUUCGAGUCCAGCUUCAUACUCCUCCGUAAAUACCUUUAAUAGAGUCCGGCCACUUCUGGUAGCUUCACGUGGCAAAAUGAAGUUUGUAAAAAAUAAACACCAUUGAACUGCAUAUAGUUUAAAGACUACGGCUGAGUAAAAACACUCCAAAAAUAGUUCCACUGACCAGCGUUCUUCAGCACUCAGAUGCCCCACAAAAGUUCCUGCAUGUCGAAAGCUCUUUUUGUUCUUCUUUCUCUCCAUUGUCAAGUUUGUUGUAAUAGAAAUACGCAAGAAAUAACAUAAGUUUUAGGAACACCCACAACUGUGUUCAACCAAUCAGUGCUUGACAGCGCUCGACAGCGCAGCCCGCCCCCGAAAAAGUUCCUGGUCGCUUGGAAAAGUCCCACCUCGCCAAAAGUAACUCCGAAAAGUUCCUAAAGAACUAAAUCAACCUGGGUAGUUUUUGGUGGAAGCACAGGGGGAACUUUAUUUACCCGGGUAAGUGGGGAAGUUCUGAGAUGAUUUCUGCAAUGGAAAAUGGCUUUUUGUUGUGUGUGUAACACUGUCAGUGUCUUUGUGGUUCACUUAGUGCGAUCUCAAUGAAUCCCGCAUUUUAAAAGUAGUACUUUGAGAUUUGAGCUCCCAUUUAAAGGGUUCGUAUUGGGAUUUUUUCUACAUUUAAAACACUGGUCUACAUAAUGUAAUGUGGUGCUUUGGUCAAAAUUUUGCAUGGAUUGUUGUUUGAAAACCAUCUUCAAUCUGCUUUCUGUUUGUCUCUUCAGAAUGCGCCGUUUUGUAGGCGGUCGUUCCUCCAAGGCCCUCCCCAAGGCUAAGCCUCUUUCGACUGAGUCUCUUCCGCGUCAGCCAUGUUGUAGUUUUUAGAGCUUCCUUAUUGGGUUUACUGACCGAUAUAAAUUGAAACUAUAUGCUACCCUGUAUUAUAAGUGGCACCAGCUAAGGAUUUUUUAAGGAUGAGCCCCACAAAAAGAGGACAGAGAAAAAGAAGGAACAUAUUGACUACAACUUCUUUGGAAGGAGGCAAAAGUGUAUCACAAAAAUCGUAGUUUGGGUUAAAAUUUGGGGGAGUUAUGAGGAUCCCAAUUACACAAAAACAAGUGAACAGGUAAGAAAAGUAGGUUUUGCAUAAAAGACCCUUGCCAUUUUUAGUUUAAAUGUCAUCGGUUUUAGAGUGUAUGUUGUUCUUUAAGAGCGAAGUGUUAAUAAGUACGUGUGAAAGCUGUGUGGAGGGCUUAUAAUGACAAGUCAAACUCUGGUACGGUAUGCAUGCUCCAUCUUGUAGUAUGCCAAAAAAAUCACUUAACUAAAUAUUCAAACGCAGCGUUACUAUUUAAACUGUGUAAUUUCACACUGGCUAAGAAUGUUAAAUAUACUUGUUAAAUAAAACGGCUUGUUUUUAAUGAAUACUUUGGCCUAUUGAGCUACUGUAUUUUAAUGCUGGUCAUUGUGGUGGUACUUUGAGAGCCAAGUGUUUUCUGAGAUGGCUUGACUUAAGGCAUAUAAUCAUAAAAUAGUGCCACUACGUUUUGGAAAGAUUACUACAACGGGGGAUUUGCAACAACCACCUCGAUAAUCGAGUAAACACUAUACAGUAUUUCUAACG